GACAACUGGUGGCUGCUUUACAGAGACAGACAGAUCCUGAAUAGGAAACAGGCCCAGAGCUAUGGCCCAACAAGAAGAACAAGAAGUAGUAGAUGUGAUUCUGGAGAAGAUCGACUCCCGGGACCCUCUCACCAAAGAGAUUGAUUUGGUGGAAAGAGACCCCAAGCAGAUCAACCAAGAGGUGGUCAAGGUAGACUUUGAAGAUGUGAUCGCUGAGCCAGAGGGCACCCACAGCUUUGAUGGAGUGUGGAAGGCGAGCAACACCACUUUUACUGUCAGCAAGUACUGGUGCUACCGGAUUCUAUCGGGGGUGCUGGGCCUGCCCCUUGCCUUGCUCUGGGGCUUCCUCUUUGCCUGUGUUUCUUUCUGCCACAUCUGGGGGGCCAUGCCUUGCAUCAAGAGCUACUUCAUAGAGGUGCAGUGCUGUGGGCGCUGCUAUGCCUUGUGCAUACGUACCUUCUGCGACCCUCUCUUUGAAGCAGUGGGAAAAGUUUGCAGCGAUGUCCGAGUGGCCCUGCGCAAGGAACAUGCGAAGGACUGAGGCCUCUCCUUUGGAUCAGGACAGGAUUCUGGCUUCAUUUUUCCUCCACUUGACCCACUCAGAUGGGACAGUACCUCAGCUGGAAUCCUGAGUCAGUCAACUGAUGGAGGCGGAAACGAUCUGGCUGAUGGAUCUUUAGCUUGAAUUCCUUGCCCCCAAGAAAUUACUCCACCUUUUUUUUUGAUUAAGGUGGGAAAAACAAACAAACAAACAAAAAACCUGUCACCCUAAAUCAGUGUUCCUCAACCCUGGCAGCUUUAAGAUGUCUGGAUUUCAAUUCCCAGAAUUCCCCAGCCAGCCAUCCGUACUCCCACUCCAAGAAGUCCACACAUCUUAAAGUUGCAAAGAUUGAGAAACACUGCUCUAAAUUCCCCCUCCCCAUCUCUCUCUCUCUCUCCCCCUCUCACACACACACUUAUCACAACAUAGUGGCAAGUUCUUCUGUACAAGCCCUCUUGUAAAAUAAGUAACUGUGCAGGAGUUUUGUAUAGCAAGGCUUUCUAGCAGAAUGGGACAAUUCACCACAGCCAAUUCACCACAGCCAACUUGCCAUGGCCAAGCAUUUGACCUGUGGGUCAUUUCAGCAUCAUAGCCUCCCAAUUCUGGCACCUUCUAGAUGUGCUACAAUUGCAGUGUCCAGCAUCUUCCCGCAGCCUGGCUGCAGGAUGCUUUGAGUUGCCAUUCCACAGUACAUUGAGGCAGCCAAUGGGAUUAAAGCUAUCAUAUCUGGAAUACAAAAUUCCAAUACUGCCUUAAAUUGGAACAAGAUGAUAUAUUGUCCUAGGUCCUAGGAAGCCAUUUCAGAGAUGCUUUGAGUACAGCACUAAAGCCUUACAUAUUAUAUCUCAAUCUCUCUCCCUUGACACUCACUACAUUACGGUUUCAGCCAACCCAUUUCAUGUCAUCACUGUGGUAGCUUUCUUUGAAAUCAGUUUGUGGACACAAAAUUACUCAAUCAGUGCUGUUCUUUCUUAAAUCUCAAUGCCAAUUGCUGCUUUGAAACAAACACUGACAAUUUUCUAAAAUUAUAAAAGAUAUUUUGCAUUUUAUGACAAUAAAACCCAAGCAAAUCCUUCA